AUGCUCUAAUUUAAGAUUAUUGAAAAACGAAAGCGAAAAAUCUAGUUUCAAUAUACAAUUUAUUAAUUAAUAAGGCUACAGCUCCUUAAUUAACUAAUUAUAAGUAAUUGGUUUAUUUUUUCAUAAAAUAAAUGCUCGUUGAUGUUGUAAUUAAAGAAAAAAAAAAUGUUUACUGAAGAUAAGAAAUAAAACCUAAGAAAUUAAAUUUCAUUUUAUCAAUAAGGUGUUCCCAGAAAUAUAAAUAUGAAUAAAGAAUCUCAUUUUAUAAUAUUUUUUAAAAAGACAUUCUAUAAUUUGAUUUUAUUAACGAAGGCUGAAACCUUAGUUAAUAAAGAUCUAAAUAGAAGUAUUUCAUUAAUAGAAACCAUUUCUGGAAAUAUCAAAAUGAUGGAAUAAAUAUUAUCAUUAAUUGGUCAGCUAAUAAAUAAAACAUUAUUGAUAUUAUCAUGA